AUGGCCUUCCUGCUGCUUUGCUGUGCUCUCUUGGGAUCUCUGAGCCCCUUUUGGCCUCCGGAGGCCACGGCGCAAUUCCCACGAGCGUGCAUGACUGCGGAGAUGCUGCAGUCCAAGCAAUGCUGCCCUCCUUUGGGGCCUAAUCCUAACAACGUGUGCGGCUCGCAGCAAGGCAGGGGCAUCUGUAAGGAGGUGCAAGUGGACACCAGACCUUGGAGCGGCCCCUACACUCUCCGCAAUGUGGACGACCGAGAACGAUGGCCACUAAAAUUCUUCAACAGAAGUUGUCAAUGUACAGGGAACUUUGCUGGCUACAAUUGUGGGGACUGCAAAUUUGGUUGGUCAGGGUCCAACUGUGAUGAAAAGAAGCCUCUGGUUGUCCGGAAGAAUAUCCACGCUUUGACGGAGGAAGAGCGAGAGCAAUUCCUGGAUGCCCUCAACCGUGCAAAGACCACCGUUCACCCCGACUAUGUGAUUGCUACCCAGCAUUGGCUGAGUCUGCUUGGUCCCAGUGGAAAUGACCCGCAAGUUGCAAAUUGCAGCAUUUACAAUUACUAUGUGUGGCUUCAUUAUUACUCAGUCAGAGACACUCUUUUAGGACCAGGCCGCCCCUUCACAGCAAUAGACUUCUCCCACCAAGGACCUGCCUUUGUAACUUGGCACAGGUAUCACUUGCUGUUGCUGGAAAGAGAUCUGCAGCGGAUGAUUGGGAACGAAUCCUUUGCACUGCCUUAUUGGAAUUUUGCUAUAGGCAGAAAUGAAUGUGACGUGUGUACUGAUCAGCUUUUGGGAGCACCGAGUCCAGACAACCCAAACCUAAUAAGUCGGAAUUCAAGGUUUUCACAGUGGCAGAUAGUUUGCAACAGUUUGGAUGAUUAUAACCGCCUGGUUACACUUUGUAAUGGGACCAAUGAAGGACCUCUGCAGAGGAACCCAUUCAGCAAAGCAGGGGACCGGCUGCCAACCAUGGAAGAUGUCCAGAAUUGCCUCUCUCUGCAAGACUUUGACAAGCCGCCUUUCUUUCGGAAUUCAAGUUUUAGCUUCAGGAAUACUUUGGAAGGCUUCGAUGAACCCGACGGAACCCUAGGCCCAUCAGCCGUGAGCCUCCAUAACUUGGUCCACUCGGUCUUGAACGGAACAAGUGCUUUACCCCAUUCUGCAGUGAAUGAUCCUGUAUUUGUGGUCCUCCAUUCCUUUACGGAUGCUAUUUUUGAUGAAUGGAUGAAACGAUUUCGUCCGUCUGGCAGUGCGUGGCCCGAAGAACUGGCUCCUAUCGGCCACAACCGGAAGUUCAACAUGGUGCCAUUCUUCCCUCCUGUGGCCAACGAAGAACUGUUUCUACCUGCAGAACAACUUGGCUACAGCUAUGCCAUUGACUUGCCUGAAUCGGCUGAAGAGGCCCGCGCUUGGGCUCUCAUGGUUGGAUCUACAAUUGGAGGAGCUCUGAUUGCUUUACUUGUUCUGGUCCUUCUGCUUGUCCUCUUCCAGCACCGGAGACACCGGAAAGGGUUUGAGCCGCUAAUGAACGCGAGAUUUAAUGUGAAGAAAUACAGCGAUGAAGCCUAA